AUGACAUUCAAAUCAAUGCCCACCCGAGCCAGAACAAUGUCCACGUCGAAAUCCGAAGUCGACAUCUUCGAAGCAAAAAAGAAGGGCGUCCGGUUGCCCAGAGUGAAAGUUGCGGCCCUGCAUCGUGAUAAGGCGGACAGCGUUGCACCUAGACGCCGUGGGAGGCACCGGGACAUGCGCUUGCCCCCCCACGGCGGGCAUCAGAACACAGCGACAAGCGGCGUGACCAAAGAAAUAGAGGCUCAGAUUACAGACCUGCGCGCAUGUCCCCACGCAAGGCGCGCUCUGGAGGCCAGGGUCCGGCAGUACUUCUCGAAGCGGUCGAAGCGAUAUAACCGAUGUGACGGCGGCGGCGGUCGAAAACCUUCGGGAGACGGCAGCAGCAUCGGCAGCAACGAGUUAGUGGGAAGCGCUGGCAUUUCCACCGCUACAACCGAACCCGCGGGCCAAGGAGUCCCUCAUGAUGAUGGCAGCAACAGCUGUUGGCAGCAGCACAAGGAGCAGGCCACGUAUACGAAAGCUCACCGUUUGGGUACCAGGGGUUUCGGAACCGGAGGAGGCGGGGGGGCUGCGGGGCAAUCGGUGUCGGGAAGAGCAGCCGGACCGGUCAGCGCCAGUGACCGGUUGGCGGCUCAGACGCUGCGUGCCCAGGAAGUCCUACGGCGCAAAAGAGCCAUCGAGGACGAGCGAAACAAACAGGUCAGGGAGCGUUCUGCAGUUCUGCAACACGAAGCCCGACGGGACAAGCGGCUGGAGAAGAAGAGGGCCGAAAAGCUGAUCACAUACGUUUACUGCGCCGUUGGGGGCGCGCACUUUGGCCGUUGGAACUUUGGAUGUACUCGACAAUGUUUGGUCAUUUCUCAAACGGAUAAGAUGUUCGGAGCUGUGUUCCUUCUACACCUUCCGCCUCCUGGUCAUGGACACGUCCAUGUCGCGAAUCUGUUCCAGCGAGUAUGGCGAUUCAAUCGAAUACGACGCACCAUAGCCAAGGUUCGAGAGUCCACUCCAGCAGUGCGAACGAUCGUGUUCAGCAUGCGGCGAAAGGCGGCCGUAGCGAGGAAGACCGUGGCCAGGCGCCACAAGACACAAGCCGCCGAUCUCAUCCGCUGCGCCUUGAGGGUGGGUGCAGCUCCCGCCCGUCCUGCCUUGUCGACUACCAUGUCGUCUGCGUACUACCUUCGAUAUUUCUCCUGCUUAAGCUGUCUCCCGCUAGCAUAG